CUUCUUCUUCUCCCUGCACCAAACAAGAAGACCCAAGCCGAUCCACACCUCCCCUUGGAAGAAACCGGUAAAGCUUGAUGAUUUUUGCCUUCUUUUCUUGUUCAAGAACAAGAUUUAAGCUUGGAAACUUCCCCCCCCCCUAUGCAGAAUCCCGGAUCUGCUCUGCUCCUUCCUUCUUCACCGCCGGCUGCUCUUGAUUGUGGGUGAUUUCUGGGCAUUUUUUUCGCCCCGUGAGAGUCCCCUGUAGAUUGCCGCCGGAUUCUUCUCCCCCACAGCUCCGGUUUCUGCAGUUGGAAAAUUCUGGUAUGUUGACAGCCCUCCAAGCCCCGAAUUUGUCCAUUUAUUUGCUGCCUUGUGUGUCCAAAAAUCUGCAGAAAAUGGGGAUGAAUUUCGGUAGCUUAAGUUAUGUUUUAAGCUUGGUUUAGGUAGAGAAAUUAGCUUGAUUAUGGCUGCUAUGAUUUUUGGAGAAAAACCCGUGAUUAGCUAGUGUUUGGCCAAUUUUUGGAAGUGCAGUUACUGUUCACGUCGUGGUUACUGUUCACGGAUACUGUUUAUGAUACUGUUCACAUAUUACUAUUCAUGCACUAAUGGCCAACAAUUAACGGGGAUUUAAAUGAUUAGUUUGUGAUAUAAGAACGAAUUUGGAGAUAUUUGAUAAUUUGGAGACUGAUAGAAAUAGCAUCGUGAUUAUGGGUAGUUCUAAUGACGAUUUCACUUGAAUUUGUGAUAGUAUAGAAUUAAUUCUUGGAUAUUUUGAUUAGGUUCCCGAUCGUUCUGUCAAUUAGCACUGAGAUCGAGUCUUCAGUUUUGUGCGAGUGAGUGGGGAUUAUACACCAGCAAAUACUGUAGCCUGCCAAUGGGAGGUUUAUAACACUAGCCGUGACCUAUAGAGGAGACAUCUAUUUCGUUCCCACACUGUAAUCGUUUUUUGUGAUUAUACUUGUUGGCAUGCUAUACGUUUAAUUAAGGGCAAUCCAUAUU